AACACUUUCUGGACUUGGCCGUUUCUGGGUCCGUUGCUGUUUGAGAACGAGAGCAGCGAUGCUCGGGAUCAUUGUGCCAAUGAGAGGACAUUUCUUUCGUACCUGCGGCUGUCAGUGUACAUGGCAAUUGUAGCGGUUGCUAUAGUCCUGUCCUUCCAUUUGAAGACGCAACCGUCAGACAUCGAGUUGCGCAUGGCACGCCCUCUGGGCAUUGUCUUUUGGGUUCUUUCAGUGGCAUGCCUUCUGGUAGGGUUUGGCAAUUACAUCGGGACCGUGAACCGAUACAGUAGGAAAGCCGCCAUUGUGCAGACGGGCUGGCGAACGCAGUCGAUCAUGUCUCUUGUCGCUCUCGCCAUAAUAGGCACAUGCAUCAUCUUCCUUGUCGUCGCCAAAGUGCAG